GCUUGGCGAAGUCUCGCGAGAUCUCUCUGAGGGGAGCAGCGUGGCGGAGGUUCCCGCCCGGGGGGCUCCGGUGGGCUCCGGUGGGCUCCGGCUGUGCGGGCCGAACGUUAAUUAAAUCAUCGCUAAUUAGCGACCCAGCAGUGGACAGCAGCCCCUCAACCCCGCCUGCUCUGCUCACCCCGUCCAUGCCCGGUGCCAGGCGCCGGGACCCCCGAGGCUCCUCAUGAGGGGCCGCGAGCAGCCGCGGCCGGCGGCAGCGGCGGCGCCCUUUGCCCGGUCCCGGACGGGUGGAUGGGGCCAUAAACAGGGAGCAGCCGCCGCCUGCCCGGGCAGAGGCCGUGGCGGGGCCGAUAAGGGGCCGUGGCCUUGUCCCCUGGGCCGCACGGAGCCUUCGUCAGCGCCGUCCCCUCCCUGCGCCCGGACCCGCCGGGGCGGCGCUCACCGCGGGGCCGCCAAUGCUGAGCGGUGCUGGUGCCCCUCAGUGCCGGGGAUGAAGGCUCGGCACAUUGGAGUUUAAACUUUGCCAUUUGGGCCAGGGAAUCACAAAGGAGGAGGAAGAGGAGGAGGGUGAAGGCCGGGCUUGUUGUCCACCGCGCUUGCCUGUGCUCAGAGAGGGUUGAGAGGACAAUCUAUGGCAUCUCCCUCAGCCAUGGCCUCCAGCGCGGGCAGCCUCGAGAGCCUGGACCUGCUGGAUCUCCUCUUCGACCUCCAGGACGGGAUCCUGCGCGAGGUGGAGCUGGGCACGCCGCCGGGAGCCUGGCCCCAGGACAGGCGUGCCCCGGACAGCAAGGACUUCCUGAGCUCUGUCCUGGGCUCCGGGGACUCAGUGUCAGACUCGCCCAGCUGGUCCCCGGCCACCAGUGACAGCGGGGUGUCCGAGGACCCCCCCUCUGACCAGCACGACAGCCCCCCCCGGAGCUGUGAUGGGGGUCCCCGAGAGGUCCUGUACCCCUACACUGACGCCUGCCAGGCCCAGCCCCUCCCGGCGGGGUCUGGGGUCCUGCAGCCUGAGGUCUCCAUCGACCUGGACGUGUGGCACCCCGGGUUCUUCCUGGAGGAGAGCCAGGACCUGCCUGUGGUCCCCCCACCUGCAUCCUGUGCCCUGACCGUCAAGGACCUGCUGCUCUCGGGCAGCUCUGACAAUCAGCCACAGGCUCCUGGCUCCCUGCUCCGGCCGGGCCAGGGCCAUUUCCAGGAGCUGGUGCUGACGGAGGACGAGAAGAAGCUGCUGCUGAAGGAGGGGGUGACCCUGCCCACGCAGCUGCCCCUCACCAAGUACGAGGAGCGGGUGCUGAAGAAGAUCCGGAGGAAGAUCCGGAACAAGCAGUCGGCUCAGGAGAGCCGCAAGAAGAAGAAGGAAUACAUCGAUGGGCUGGAGAGCAGGAUGUCGGCGUGCACGGCCCAGAACCAGGAGCUGCAGAGGAAAGUCCUGCACCUGGAGAAGCAGAACUCGUCUCUCCUGGAGCAGCUGAAGAAGCUCCAGGCCAUGGUGGUUCAGUCGAGCAACAAGGCAGCACAGACAGGGACCUGCCUGGCGGUCCUGCUGCUCUCCUUCACCCUCAUUGUCUUCCCCUCCAUCAGCCCCUUCGCCUCCAGCAAGGCCGAGGCAAAUGGUGACUUCAGGCCAGUGCGAGUUUUCUCCAGGUCCCUGCACAACGCUGCCGCCUCCCGUGUGGUUCACACCCAGCUCCAGGCCGGGGAUGAGAAGCCCCCGGAGCCGCUGUGGUCGGAGCCCCUGCAGGAGACCCCCGAGACCCUGCACGAGGCUUUCCAGAGCACAUUCCCAGCACUCCCAGAGAAAGGGUCCCUCCAGAAUGACACUCGGGCCUCGGCCGCCGAGGGGCUGAGCCACAAGGACGGGGACCAGGCCGAUGCUGUGCCAGGGGGCGGCUCUGUGCCACACCCGGGGCUGGCAUCCCUGGCGUGGUCCGAGCCGGGGCACGGCCGGCCCGCGGUGCUGGAGCCGGCGGAGGAGCUUUAGGCAGAGCAGGAGCACGGGGGUGCCAUGGGGUGACAGCACCUCAUCCCCUACGGGACACGCCCUCGGGGGGACCCCUCCGGGAUCUGCCUCUGGAUGCUGGACCUGCUUGGCUUUGCUUGGAUUCUGUGAAUUGGGAAGAGGAGACCGGUUCCCACUGGCCUUACUGGGAGGGAAGGGGCUGCUCCUGCCCCCCUGGCACGGUGGGAGUUGUGGAAGGGACCUGGGGUCACUGAGGAUGGGGCUGAGGAAGCAGGAGGGGCCCUGGCCUGGCUGGCUGCUGAUGGUGCAUCUUGGCUAUGGUUGGUUUUGCUUUUGGUUUUUUUUGGUUUUAGAAUUUUAUUUUCAUCUCUAAAUAUAAGAUAUUUUGGAAAAAA